UUUUGUCCAUGAUCCAUUCAAUAUUUGGAGAUAAUGUCGAUCCAUCGAAAAAAUUUAAACUAUUUCAAGAGUUACAAUUGGAAGAGUCUAAUUCCUCUCAUCAUUUGUACUGUAAUAAAUGUUUUUUCUACUUUGGUGUUCAUUCUACUUCAAGGAGUGAAGAGUAUAUUUGUCCAAUAUGUAAAGAAAAGUUCAGCCCAUCAAAUGUACCAUUUUUUUUAACUUUGGAUUUUUCUAAUCGAUUGAAACAAAUUCUUGAGAGACCUGAAGUUCAAGAAGAGCUAUUAAAUCAAAAUGAACGUGAUGCUAAUGACGAGGAAAAUGUAAUAAAAAAUAUAACUGAUGGAAAAAUUUAUAAACAGUUAUCGCAGUCGGGACCGAUGAAUGUUUUAUCUGAUAAAUAUAAUUUAUCCUAUACUUUCAAUACAGAUGGCUGUCAAGCAGCAAAAUCUAGUAAACUCUCAAUUUGGCCAAUUUAUGCAUCAAUAAAUGAAUUGUCACCAAAAUUAAAAUCGAAAUAUUUGAUAAUGACUGGUCUUUGGGUAGAUAAAGUUGAGCCUGAUAUGAACCUAUUCUUGAAACCAUUUGCGGAUGAAGCUAAUGAUUUGUCUAGUAAAGGUUUGAGGUGGAAGUUAGGUGAAGAAACUAUAACUAGUAAAUUUAUUCCACUUUGCGCCUGUUUCGAUUCAGUAGCUCGAUGUAAAGUACUGAAUAUGAAGCAGUCCAAUGGUAGAUAUGGGUGCACUUUUUGUGAACACCCUACGAAAUGUAUUGAAAAAUUUUGUAAAUAUCCAAUGCUUACGGAUGUACCAAUAGAAAGAAAAGAUGAAUCUGUAAAAAAACCAAAUGGUAUUGGCGAGUGCAAAAGAGUACGGUGAGGAUGUAAAAGGUAUUUUGGGUCCUUCACAAUUAAUGAAUCUCGACUACUUUGACUUAGUUGGCGGAAUGUCUCCUGAUUAUUUGCAUUCAGUGUUACUUGGAGUUGUAAAACAACACACAGAAUUAUUAUUAUGUUCAUUUGGAAAACCAUAUUACAUAAGAAAUCCUAACCAAUUGGCAGCGAUAAAUGAAAUUUUAUUGAAGUUUAAACACCCGUCAUCAAUAUCACGAUCACCUCGAGACAUAACUGAAAAAAACAUGUGGAAAGCUACGGAAUGGCGUUCUUGGUUAAUCUUUUACUCAUUACCGUGCUUAAAAAAACUACUUCCGCAUAAAUACUUGGAUCACUUGGCGUUAUUAGUCGAAGGUAUUACCAUUCUAUUGGAAGAAAAAAUUUCAAGCCAUAUACUGGAAACUGCAGAUAAGCAACUAAUCCGAUAUAUUUGUUACUGUUAUGUCCGCCGCUUAAUUUUAAUUAUUUAUCCGGGAUUUCUCCCUUUGGUAACGAUAGUAAUUUAGGACAAGCGGGUUGGAGGGUGCGGACAACAAUAAAGAAUACGAGGAAGAAAUUAUCUUCCUAUAAUUUAUUGUGUAUAGUGGAUCUUUUCGCAAAUUAAGAGCCCAAACUUCUUCAAAGAGACUGGUGCUCUUGUUUAAGCCAAAAAUAUUUUACGUAUGAUAGAAUAAUAGCUCUUUCACCUACCUUUCAAAGUCAAUUCUUCUAGUGCGGCAGCUAUUAUCCCUCCAGAACUAAACAGCUCAUUCGGCCUUCCUGUAAGGUUGGUAGAAUGAGUGCGGCUGGGUUGGUAGGAUGAUGUCUUAUGUACUACUUUCGAAUGAAAAUCGAACGGCUUGAGUGAUGAACUUGAUCUUUUAUUGUAUUUUAAAUUACAACGUCUUAACUGAACGUCACUUGUUCACUCUAGUUUUUCACAACUUUUAUAUAAUUUGCAUUAUAAGAUUAUUUAUCUCAUCGGAUAUUUUAAACAGAUUUUUAUUUAUAAAUGCGUCCUUUUUCACACCCAAAAGGGGUUUUUAUGCGCAGAAACUCGGCACAAAGUGAGAUCACAAAUUCACGUGAUUUGUGUCACAAUUCACUCGAACCGGAUAGAUCUUUGAGAUCUUUCAAUCGCAAUUAAGAACUAUACUCUACACGAUAGUUGACUAUUGGCCGAGUAUCUAACUCAAUUGGCAAUUAAAUUUAUUAAUAAUGACCGUAAAUGAAUAAAUCAAUAUCCUACACGAACUUGAUCAGCCGGAUACCUAGAUCGAUUUACGGUAUAAUUGAUUUGAAUUGUUGUAAAUGAAUAAAUUAAUAUCCUACACGAAAUUAAUCAGCCGGAUACCUAGAUCGAUUUACAAUUUAUUUAAAGUGAAUUUUGGAAAACCGUAACUGAUAAAAUAAUAUACUACACGAAAUUAAUCAGCCGGAUACCUAGAUCAGCGACGAUUACUUAUUGCCACGUCGGAAGAUUUCUGCAAUAAGAUUACGGGCUAUCGACGCCGUUUACGCGGACCAAGAAGUUUAAAUAAAACUGAGGCCCUGAGCCAUGGUGCUCAGGCUUUUUAUAAACUUUGCUUUGUCAAUUGAUGGGGAAUUUUUAAUUAUCGUCAUUGGUGGAAAAUGACGACAGUUUAUUGUUUAUUCGUUAAGCAUAUUGCAGGUGUCUUCUCACUAUUCUUUGCCGCAUAAAAGGUGAAAAAGCUGACGCUGCGUUUUCGCGCGCUUUUCAAAGAGGAGCUCAGAAAUAAUUAUUUUAAAUAAUUAUUUAAAAAUUUAAAAAAAUUAUUUGGACAUAACAUUACUAUAAAGAAUAUUUUGGUGAAGAGAAAAUGACUUAUAAUAUACAUUUGCUUUUACACAUGGCAAAAAGUGUAGUUAACUUAGGUCCAUUAUGCGCCCACAAUACUUUUCCUUUUGAAAAUGAAAAUCACUUCAUUUUGAAAUUGAAAAAAAGUCCAAAUCACGUAUGUUUGCAAAUUGCAAGAAAAUAUUUAUUUCACAAAUCAAUUCCAGUUUUAAGUGACCGGUUUGAACUGGGUAAUGAAUUUCAGAAAUUUUGUAAACGAAACUUGACAGGUAGACUUAAACAUUUAUUAAAAAUUGAUGACUGCGUUUUAGUAGGGAAAGGUAGAAAAUAUAACAAGUGACUUGGAAUCAAAAGCAAUCGGUUUUACUCCUACAAAAUGCAAAGUAUAUAACAGAUUCAUUCAUAAAGGAAACCAUUAUACUUCUCAGAACUAUCGGUUAUGUCAAAAGAUAAAUGACACUAUAAUAAUAUUGAAAAAUGGUACAAACGGAAUUAUUAGUAAUAUUUGUUCCAUUGAGAAUAUGAUCGGAGAAGAAGAAAUUAUUAUAUUUUAUAAAGAAAUGAAACACACAGGAAAAUUUUUUCACUCUACCAAAUAUGUAACAGUUCAUCACAUUUAUGAAUGUCAAAUCACUAAUAACUUAUGUGUUUGUAAACCUAAUUCAAUAAUACGACCAGGAAUUAUACAAAGAAUCGAUGAAACUUGUUAUAUAAUAAAUAUUCCCAAAGGAUGUUACGGUGACUGAAAAAAAAAGCUGUAUCCUAUUCUUUAACAGGAGAAAUCCAAAACUCUUGUGACAGAAUGAAAGAAAUGAUUUUUUUCGAUUAUCAUUAUGAGUGAAGAAGAAUUGGAUUCAGUCGAGGGUCAACCACUCUUAAUUUCGGUGCAGCGAAAGUUUUUGUGACAAUUUUUAUUCAUCAUACUAAUAUUAUUAAUAAAUCUGUUAUUGUCAUUUUUUGUAACAUCGUACAGAAUUUUUUUUUUUGCUUAAAAUUUUGGUGUAGAUAAUUAAUAAUAAUUUGUUAUUAUUGAGUUGUUAAAUUUGAAGA